AUAAAACUAGAUUGUGACUUGUAACUUGUGAGUCAAUAUUUAUCCCAAUCACAAAUUAAUACCGUGGUAUACAAUUGUCGAUUAACGCUAGCACACCUCUUUUACUCUAUUUUCUUUUAUCACAGUAUUCAACAUAUUUUGAGAAUUAAAUUAUUGAAUGUAUCAAAACUAUCUAAUAUUGUAAAAAUUGUCGAGAGGUUUUAGAUUUUUAGUUGCUUAAGCCUUAAUUUUUCUCUCAAAUAGCUCAACCCGGUCCAUAAAAUUUACCAAUUAAGUUUAACUGUCAUUUAAAUUUCCCUCCAAAACAGUGAGAAAUGGUCACAUCUUCUCUUCCUCUACGUCUCAACCGAUUUUCAAAAUUUUCACCCUCUAAUCAAUGGAACUUUCAAAUAAGGGAAGCUGUGAGCAAACACAAUCCCAACCAAGCCCUUCUUCUCUUUCGCCAAAUGAAACAAAACGACAUUGUUCCAAACAACUUCAUCUUCAUCUUUAUAGCCAAAGCGUGUGCCCAGCUUUCCAAUCUUAAAUACUCACAAAUGAUCCAUACCCACACCGUAAAAUCCCCUUUUGGGUCUCAUAUCUAUGUGCAAACCACAAUGGUCGAUAUGUAUGUAAAAUGUGAUCAAUUGGAUUACGCGUGUAGUUUGUUUGAUGAAAUGACAGAGAGAGAUGUUGCGUCGUGGAAUGCGAUGCUUGUGGGGUUUGCUCAAAAAGGUUUUGUUAAUGAAGUGUUGAGAAUUUUUUAUGAGAUGAGAUUUGCAGGGAUUAAGGGUGAUGCGGUCACGGCUAUGGGGUUGACGCAGUCGGUUUUGGAGGCGAAGAAUUUGAACCUGUUGAAGGCUGUUCAUUCUAUUGGUAUUCAGAUGGGGAUGGAUGCUGAUAUUGAAGUUGCUACUACAUGGAUUUCUGCUUAUGCCAAAUGCAGUGACUUGAACUUUGCGGAGUUGGUGUUUUAUGGGAUUGAGCAGGGUUUACAAACUGUGGUUUCGUGGAAUUCUAUGAUUGCAGGAUAUGCAAACAAUGGUAAGGUUUUUGAUGCAGUUAGGUUCUACAAGUGGAUGAUGCUAGAUGGAUUUAGGCCUGAUGUUAGUACCAUUGUUAGCCUACUUUCAGCAUGUGCGCAGCUAGAGGCACUGUUACAUGGUAGGUUGAUUCAUUCUCAUGGAAUUCAAAUGGGCUUUGACGUAGAUAUAUUUGUGAUUAAUACACUAAUUUCAUUGUAUUCCAAGUGUGGAGAUAUUUAUUCUGCAAGAUUUUUAUUUGAUGGUAUGCUAUACAGAAACUGUGUUUCUUGGACCGCUAUGAUUAGCGGAUAUGUCAAGAAAAGGGACAUGGAUGUGGCAUUGGAAUUGUUUUUUGCUAUGGAAGCAGCUGGUGAAAAACCUGAUUUGGUCACUGUGCUGUCAUUGGUUUCAGGUUGUGGCCAAGGCGGUACACUUGAGCUUGGAAAAUGGAUUGACAAUUAUGCCAGUUCUAAAGGGUUAAGAGAUAAUGUAAUGGUCUGCAAUGCAUUGAUAGAUAUGUAUGCAAAAUGUGGAAGCAUUCCUGAUGCUCGAGAGCUCUUCCUUGCCAUGCCUGAGAGAACUGUUGUCUCAUGGACAGCUAUGAUUGCAGGUUGUGCCUUGAAUGGAGAGUUCUCAGAAGCUUUGGACCUUUUCCACCAGAUGGUGGAAUUGGGUUUGUGGCCAAACCACGUAACAUUUCUUGCGGUUCUUCGAGCUUGUGCUCACGCAGGUUUCCUUGAGAAAGGAUGGGAGUGUUUCAAUAUGAUGACCGAGGUAUAUAACAUCAAUCCCGGAUUAGACCAUUAUUCUUGUAUGGCCGACAUUCUUGGGCGUAGAGGAAAGCUAAAGAAAGCAUUGGAUUUUGUUCAAAGCAUGCCCAUCAAACCCGACGCUGGCAUAUGGGGGGCAUUGCUCAGUGCUUGCAAGAUUCACCAUAACAUAGAGAUAGGCGAGUAUGUGGCUCAUCGUCUAUUUGAAUUAGUGCCCCAUGUGGCAGCACCAUAUGUGGAGAUGGCUAAUAUAUAUGCUUUCUGGGGAAGGUGGGAUGGAGUUGCAAAAAUAAGAUCGAUGAUGAAAUGCAACAACGUGAACAAGUUUCCAGGACAAAGUCAAGUUCACGUCAAUGGUAAGACUUGUACGUUUACAGUUGAAGAUAGAGAUCAUCCUGAAGGCAUAGUAAUCUAUGCACUGUUGGACUGUUUAACUUUUCAAUUAAAGGAAAAAGCAUACUUACCGCAAUUUGAGGAGAUUUCACAACAUGAAUAGGAAAAUUCUUUAUUGUUUUAGCAUGUAUAUGUUAGAUUUGACCAUUCAGAUGGCAAUCAAAUUCCCAUUUUUUGGAUUUCAAUCUGAUGGAUAGUCCUUAUGGUUCAUAUGUAACUCAAACAAUUUUGAGAAAUGUAGAGAUUAUUUAUCUCCCAUCUUUCUUUCCGCAUAUAAAACUAUGAUAUAAUGAAUAGAUAAGAACC